ACUGUGAACGUUUUCUUGCGGGUUUCUGUCAUCCCCCCCCCUCCCCUUCGGGUGUCUCCCCACCGCACUCCCUCCCCCGCCCGCUGCCCACGUCAUUCGAGCGGCCCGCUCCCACUAUAAAAGGGCCGCCCGCAGACUCAGCAGCCAGUUCAGUUCACUCGCGGUUUGCUUCUGUCUGAGACAAAGACGGGGACUAGCUUUUGGAGCUUCAACCUUUUUCUAUUCGCUUCAUCAAGCCUACCUUCGCAAGCCUUUCACGGCAGGGAUUUCCCCCGCGUUUGCCUUUUUGAAAGUCGGUGCAGGAGCGAUGAUGUUCAACGUGUUCAAGCCGGAGUGCGACUCGCCCUCCCGGUGCAGCACCGCGUCGCCGGCCGCUGACAGCAACAGCAACGUCGGCUACUACCAACCGUCUCCAGCCGGAUCCUACUCCAGCAUGGGCUCGCCGCAAUCUCAGGAUUUCACCGAGCUGACCACCUCGAGUGCCUCGUUCGUCCCCACGGUGACGGCCAUCUCCAGCAGCCCCGACCUGCAGUGGCUGGUGCAGCCGCUCAUCUCCUCGGUGGCCCCCUCGCACCGGGCGCACCCCUUCGCCUCCAGGCCCAGCCCCGCCUACCCCAGGGGCGCCGUGAAGAUGUCGGCGUCACGCCCGCACAGCACCACCAAGAGAGGCCGGAUGGAACAGAUUUCACCCGAAGAGGAAGCAAAGAGGAAAAUUCGCCGGGAGAGAAACAAGCAGGCGGCCGCCAAAUGCCGCAACAGGAGGCGGGAGCUGACCGACACUCUCCAAGCUGAAACCGAUCAGCUGGAGGAUGAGAAGUCCAGCCUUCAGAACGACAUCGCCAACCUCCUGAAGGAGAAGGAGCGUCUGGAGUUCAUCCUGGCCGCCCACCAGCCAAUUUGCAAAGUCCCCGCCGAGCUGGACUCGGACUUCUCGCCGGUCCGCUCGUGCGCCUCGGCCGAGCCCGCCGUCUCCGCCCCCAGCUCGCUCUUCGCCGCCGACUCCGGCGGCGCGGUCAGACUGAGCGACUUGGAUGCCUCCGUGCUGGAGGAGUCCCUGGACCUGCUGAGCAAGACGGAGGUGGAGCGCUCGGUGCCCGAGGUGGACCUGUCGGCCUCGCUGUGCGGCGCUCAGGACUGGGAGCAGCUGCACCCGUCGGUGACCAGCGGCGACUUUGAGCCGCCGCUGUGCACGCCGGUGGUCACGUGCACCCCCGCGGCCACCGCCUUCACCUCGUCCUUCGUGUUCACCUUCCCCGAGAGCGACGCCUUCCCCGGCUGCGGCGUGGCCCACAGGCGGGGGAGCAGCGGCAACGAGCAGUCGUCCGACUCGCUGCACUCGCCCACGCUGCUGGCCCUUUAAGACACUUCAAGACCCCUCGCGGGAUGGUGACUGAAAAGCCUCCAGCCCGUCCGUCCCCAACCUGACUUCCAAAAGAGCACACCAUCGAUCUCCAUGUAGGAGCUGACAGGGCUUACGGACAGUCGUUUUGGAAUCGACCUGCCUUUUUACCUUGUAGCAUGUUUCAACUAUGACAACCAGUUUGAUUUUGUUUUGAAAGGUGCUACUUAACCGAGAGUCGUCAUCGUAGUGUUUCUUCUGUCCACUUUGAGGAGCCAUAGUUUCCUGGUCGAGUGAAUGUGAGGGACACAAAAAA